AGGAUGGCUAGUUGUGGGGAGGUUGACCACUCUGUUAGCUCACUUCCCCCAAGUAAGAAAGGUAGCGGAAGCAGCAGCAAUGGUAGUGGGAACAGUUCAGAAUCAUGUUCUGGAUCCAGCAAUGCAUCGCCAGCCCUCGCUGUACCCGAGUGUGCCAUCUGUCUACAGAGCUGCGUCCACCCGGUGCAACUGCCUUGCCACCACAUCUUCUGUUUCCUUUGUGUGAAGGGGGCAUCCUGGCAGAGCAAGCGCUGCGCUCUCUGCAGACAGGAAGUGCCCGACGACUUCUUGGAAAGGCCCACACUUCUCUCUCCGGAGGAGCUAAAAGCAUCUGCAGGGGGUCGGGGCGGGGAAGUGAGCGAUCACGCCUGGUAUUACGAGGGCCGCAACGGUUGGUGGCAGUAUGACGUACGAACCAGCCGGGAGCUGGAGGACGCUUUCUCCAGGGGUAAAAAGACGGCGGAGAUGCUUAUUGCCGGGUUUUUGUAUGUAGCCGACUUAGAAAACAUGGUGCAGUACAGGCGCAACGAGCACGGACGGAGACGCAAGAUCAAGCGGGAUGUGUUGGAUAUUCCCAAGAAGGGAGUGGCCGGACUACGUUUGGACACUGAGGGAGUCACUGGAGCGAUUGGGCCAGCAGGUAGAGAAAACUCUGCGGACGGAGCCGAUACCACAGCGGCGGGCUCGCAGCAGCAGGGCGCCGCCAUCCCAUCCACGACGACAACCUCUCCACCCGUUGCCAGACCUACUGCUUCCUUGGGAGGUCAACCUAGCAGCAGCAGCAGCCCCUCUCUCGAGGACGCUUUCUCACAACUCCAAGUCAGUCACAGGCCCACGCCAUCUUCCGAGCGAUCCGGGGUAGGUGAAGGAGAGGAAGAAGAUGAAGAGGAGGAUGCCUCACCAUCCAGAUCCUCUGACCAUCACACCUCUGUGGACGAAUCUGGCUCCGGAGACUGGAGCGAUGAUGAGGAAGAAGAGGAGCGUGAUGAGGAAGGGGAGGAGGGAGGCGACGUGGAGCUGUGGGAGGUCCGGCCACAGAGGCAAAGACUGAACCCAGAAGACAGAGCCCUCCCAGGGGCAGAAUCCACUUCCCCCCCUUCGUCAUCCGCGAGCGGAAGAUCCCGAAUGCCUGAUGGUCAGUGUACAGUGACUGAAGUGUGA